GCGUAACCAUGGCUACAAAUAACAUAUAUUGGAUGUAGAUGAUCCCAACUUCCUUGACAGCCACAGUAUCCGCCCACUGUCAACACGGAGAGCCGCUGGAGGCUUCGGACGCGGCAGAAACUCCCCGCAUCCAAAGCGCACCGGACAGCCGCCUUCCAUCCAUGUGUUGCGCGCUUCACUUUACUUGAAAAAAAAGAACUGAAGCUGCAUAGUUAAAGCUAAACCACAUUAAUAUACAAUCUUUUUUGUGUGUUGUUGUGUAUUUAAGCGUAAUUAUGCAGGAUAAAGGCACAUUUAUCAGCCCCUUUUACAGACCGAGGUGUCUGGCGGCGGCGGCUCCGGCAGGAAAAGCGAAAUUAACUCACCCGGGGAAGGCGAUCCUGGCAGGUGGAAUCGCGGGUGGCAUAGAGAUCUGCAUCACCUUUCCCACAGAGUACGUCAAGACCCAGUUACAGCUGGAUGAGAAGGCCAAUCCCCCGAAAUACAGAGGAAUAAGUGACUGCGUGAAGCAGACAGUGCAGGGUCAUGGUGUUAAAGGACUGUACAGAGGCCUGAGCUCGCUGCUGUAUGGAUCCAUACCCAAGUCUGCAGUCAGGUUUGGGGUGUUUGAGUUCCUCAGUAACCACGCCAGGGAUGAGUCGGGUCACCUGGACAGCACCAGAGGCCUUCUGUGUGGGCUCGGCGCCGGCGUCAUGGAGGCUGUUCUGGUGGUCUGUCCCAUGGAGACUGUCAAGGUUAAAUUCAUCCAUGACCAGACGUCGGCCAACCCCCAGUACAAAGGCUUCUUCCACGGAGUCCGAGAGAUCGUCAGGUCUCAAGGAAUAAGAGGGACGUAUCAGGGUCUGACUGCCACGGUGCUCAAACAGGGCUCCAAUCAGGCCAUCCGCUUCUUUGUGAUGACCUCUCUGAAGAAUUGGUACAAAGGCGAUAACCCCAACAAAGCCAUUAAUCCUUUGUUGACUGGACUGUUUGGAGCCAUCGCAGGAGCAGCCAGUGUGUUUGGAAACACUCCACUAGAUGUCAUCAAGACCAGGAUGCAGGGUCUGGAAGCACAUAAAUAUAAAAGCACUCUGGACUGUGCCGUGAAGAUCCUGAGAUAUGAGGGCGUGGCAGCUUUCUAUAAAGGGACGGUUCCCCGGCUGGGCCGAGUGUGUCUCGAUGUGGCCAUAGUCUUCAUCAUCUACGAGGAGGUGGUGAAGGUCCUGAAUAAAGUCUGGAAGACAGAAUGAGCCGCUGGACGUACAGAGAAGUCGGCGGCUUCCGGCACAGAUCUGAGUUCAGCAGACCUCUUCUGUAUCAUCAAACCAUCUGAAGAGGUGACGAGGCAGAGAGCUGAGCUUAGAUCAGUGUGACAUGCUGACCAAGAGCUCACCGACAAGAAGCUUCAGAGAAGAAAGAAAGCCUGCAAAGAGGCCCCACAUCUGGGAAAGCAGAGCUCUGAGCAUCAAGACUCCACCGAGGGCCGAGUGGGAUUCUCAAGUUAACCAAAUAAGUGUGAAAAAAGAUGCUUUGCCUUCGAGAUACGUCACCAGUUUCUGAAAAAGAAGGAAACCUGCAGCUUUUUUCAAGUUAUCUGGUUCACUUUCUGUGUAACCUGCUUCGUAAAACACCGUCCUUCAGCGAAGAGCAUCACUUCUGGUCCUUCACAGCUGUUUCGCUGAUGUUUACUGCACAUGUGCAGGUGUCAUUCUGGGUUUUCUUGCGUUGGUGUUGCUCUCUGUCUCUUCUUGUGCCUGACAUGGUUUAAAGUCCAGAGGAGCCAGACUGCAGCUGGUUGCAGUUUACAGCCACAUAAACCGCAACGACUUCUAUAGCUAGGCCUUCAACUAAAUUAAUUUUAACUUUUUAGAAUAUGCCAAUUAUUUUUUAUAAAAUGUAGAUUCUAAUUUAGUUUAUUACCAGCGUCGUAGUGUAUUGUGAGAAAUAAUAUAUUUUAUUCCUGUGCCAAAUGCCAAACCUAUUUUGUUCAGAGUAAGAACACGUAAACGUAGCCUGAUGAUCUUAAGAAGAGCAAAUGUAAUGAUUCAUACUGUGGUAUGAGUCAUAUUGUGAUAUUUUAAUGUAUUUAUUGAAAAGGGGGAUUGUUGAAUAGAUAAUUGAGACCAUUUACUGUUAAUCUGUGCCACAUGUGUGAAGUUUUUUUUCUUCCUGUAAUCGGUUGUAAAAGUGUUUUUCAGAUAUUAUGAAAUUAUUUAAUUGCUGUAUUUCACUGUGAGUCUAAAUGACAGAGUUUCCUCAGACCUUCCCUGUCAGUGGAAACACUUCCAUUCAUCAGGUCUUAACACCAGAUGAAGUUUCUCAUCCUCUCUUCUUUAUACUGGAUGCUUCCUGCACCUGUGGUUCCCACGCUGGACCCUUCUGAUGGAUCAGAAGAUAAAUAUGAGCGGUUACAAGAUAGUUAACUGGAAAUAAAGUUGAAAAUAUUCUUCUGGGUUACAUGUUUAUGUUCAUUUUUGCAGCGAAUCCUUGUCACAGUCCGUAGACGUGCCAGUGAUGAGGAGUCACUGCUUCGAUUUGGGAAUCACUGUUCAAGUUUCUAGUUUCCGUGCCACCAUGUUUCAUUCAGGGUUUUACUUCUCACUCAUGUGCCUUUUGCUGUUGUGUUUGCUGGUAAAUGCUUCUUUAAUCAUCUUCCAAGCAGCUUCUGUUGUUUUUAUAACGACGAAUUAAAACCGCUCGUCGCAUUAAAACUGUCACGGUUUAGAGGUGUCGCUGCCACGAUUGUAUUAGAACGAUGAUGGAUUUUAUUUACAAAGUGUUAAUUUCAUUUUGUCUUCUUCUGUUUGACCAAACUAAAUACUUGUGUUGUUUGUUGCCAAAUACACGAGAGAAAAUUUUAUUGUGAUGGUAAAUCAGUGUAUUCCACGGCUGUGUGUGUGUGUGUGUGUGUGUGUGUGGCUCUGUGGUUCAUUAUGAAGACGCUUGUGCAAUAAACGCCGUCCCGUCUCUUCUGUCUGUGCUGAAUGUAAAGUCCUUUGUUGUAGGGGGAUUUCAAAACUCAUUAAAAGAAGCAUCUGAAACCUUGAGAGCA